AUGUGGAAUUCAUCUCGAGAGUGGAUGUAUAAUCGGAUCGAUGGAAGAACAAAUAAUAUCUCUAAAGAAUUUUUGGCGGGAGUUGAGCAGUUCAUGAAUUUCGCAAACAGCCAGCCUAUGGCACAAAACAGUGGAGGUAGGUUUUACUGUCCUUGCGUAAAAUGUCAGAACGAUGUUAUUUUGCAUGGUACGACAAUAUCUAAUCAUUUGCAUAGUAAAGGAUUUAUGCCAAAUUAUUAUGUAUGGUCUGAACAUGGUGAAGAUUAUGACGUGCUAGGGGUAGGAACUAGUAGUCAUUAUCCUAAUACAAAUUAUACUAGUACUAGUAGUCAGCAUGGUAGUCAACCUGGUAGUCAGCCAAUAGGAUUUGAGGGAAAUGUAUAUGCUGAGAUGGUGAAUGAUGCAUUUCAUGGUACCACGCCUUUUAAUGAGUAUCAUGAGUAUGAAAGUGGAUAUGAUCAUGGAUAUGAUCAUAUCCAUGAAGAACCCAUUGAAGAGGCGAAACGGUUCUAUGACAUGUUAGAUGCUGCAAAUAGUCCACUUUAUGAUGGAUGUCAUGAAGGUCAUUCGCAACUAUCAUUGGCGUCUAGGUUCAUAAACAUCAAGGUUGAUAAUAAUUUGUCUGAGGCAUGCAUGGACGAUUGGGCUGAAUUGUUUACGGAGGUUUUACCAGAGGGUAAUCAAGCUACUGGUUCAUACUACGAGACAGAGAAUUUAGUUCGAAAGAUAGGAUUGCCAUACCAUACAAUUGAUGUAUGUAUAGAGAAUUGUAUGAUAUUUUGGAAAGAAGAUGGGAAUUUGGAGCAUUGCAAGUUCUGUGGGAAGCCAAGGUACAAAAGUAGUGGGGGUAGAACUAGAAUACCCUUCAGUCGUAUGUGGUAUCUACCUAUUGCAGAUAGAUUGAAGAGGAUGUACCAAUCAGAGAAGACCGCAUCAUCAAUGAGAUGGCAUGCUGAGCAUGAUUCAGAAGAUGGAGUAAUGUGUCAUCCAUCUGAUGCGCCUGAAUGGAAGAAUUUCCAACAUUUACAUCUCACAUUUGCGCAAGAGCCACGAAACGUUUACCUUGGGUUAUGUACAGAUGGUUUUAAUCCAUUUGGGGUCUCCAAAAAUCAUUCUUUGUGGCCUGUGAUCUUAACUCCAUACAACCUACCUCCGGAUAUGUGCAUGAACAGCGAGUAUUUAUUUCUUACGAUUCUGAACUCCGGACCAAACCACCCACGAGCCAGCCUUGAUGUUUUCCUCCAACCAUUAAUCGAUGAGUUAAAGGAGUUAUGGUAUAAUGGGGUUGAGGCUUAUGAUAUCUCACUAAAUCAAAAUUUCAACAUGAAAGUUGUUCUUAUGUGGACAAUAAGCGAUUUUCCAGCGUACAGUAUGUUGUCGGGAAGGACGACACAUGGAAGAUUAGCAUGUCCAAUUUGUAUGGAUGACACUGGUGCUUUUCAAUUACCAGCUGGGAGGAAAACAUGUUGGUUUGACUGUCAUAGGAGAUUUCUUCCUACAAGUCAUCCGAUGCGGAAGAAUAAAAAUGACUUUCUGAAGGGAAAAGAUUCAUUGAAUGACGAGCCACCAGCAUCUCUGAGUAUUCAAGCUAUCUAUGAGCGUAUAAGGAAAGCCAAAGCACCUAAAACAUCUAUUUGCGGUGGGAAUGGUCACGAAAAGAAAGUUAAAGGCUACGGAAGAUGGCAUAAUUGGCAUAAAGAAAGCAUAUUAUGGCAGUUACCGUACUGGGUCGAUCUGAAUUUAAGGCACAACCUGGAUUUGAUGCACGUCGAGAAAAAUGUCUUUGAUAACUUGAUGUACACCACUAUGAAUGUAAAAGAUAGAUCGAAAGACAACGUGCAGUCAAGAUUGGAUAUUGCAAGAUUUUGUUCCCGGCAAGAUUUACAUCUAGAUGCUCAAGGGAGAGCCCCAUUCCCUAUUUGGAGAUUGAAAACCAAAGCGAAAGAGGCUUUAUUAAAAUGGGUAAAAGAAGAUGUUAGAUUCCCAGACGGAUAUGUCGCAGAUUUAGCUAGCUGUGCUGACAUGAAAAAUGGAAAGUUUUCGGGAAUGAAGAGUCAUGACUGCCAUGUGUUUAUGGAACGAUUGCUUCCGUUCAUAUUUGCAGAGCUUUUACCGCGUAAUGUCCACCUGGCGAUUUCAGGGAUUGGAGCAUUUUUCCGCGACCUAUGUAGUAGAACAUUGGAGCAAUCCCGCCUCGAAAUUCUGAAGGAUAAUAUUGUCAUGAUCUUGUGUAAUUUGGAGAAAAUCUUCCCUCCUUCAUUCUUUGAUGUAAUGGAGCACCUCCCUAUUCACCUACCUUAUGAAGCACAACUUGGUGGUCCUGUGCAAUAUAGGUGGAUGUAUCCUUUCGAAAGAACACUAUUUCGCUUCACACAUUUCUACAACAAGGAGAAGAAGGUAAAACUUCAAAUAUGA